AUCGGAUUCCCUAGCCCAGAUACACGAAGUUCGCUAGUUGAGAGAGAUUGAGAGUGUGGUUGGUUGUCUCAUGUCUCUCUGACACCAUCGGCACGCCUAAACCUUAUAAAAUCGAAAGAAAAUCCACCGGGAAAAGCGACAACUAUGUGUUCAAACCAGUGAUAAACCUUCGUUAAAAAAAAACACUUUGGACAMAAUUGCAACUUUACCGGUUAUAAUUUUGUGUAAAAAAUCUAUCGGUGUCCUGACAAACAUUUUAGUGGUGUUUUAUUGAUUAUUUUGAUAAAGACUCCAAGAUGGCUCAUCUCGUGACAAGCGUCAUCGACAAAUAUGAGGACAUUCUAGAAAACAAAAGUGACCCGAGGGUGAAAGGAUGGGCCAUGAUGUCUAGUCCUAUGCCAACGUUGUGCAUUUGUCUAUUUUAUGCGUACUUUUCGACGGUCCUAGGACCCCGAUUAAUGGAAAAUAGGAAACCGUUUAAUUUAAGAAAGACUUUAAUUUUUUAUAAUUUAUUUCAAACUCUAUUCAGCGCAUGGAUAUUUUACGAGUACUUGAUGAGUGGGUGGUGGGGGAGUUACAGCUUCAGGUGUCAACCUGUCGACUAUUCAAAUAAYCCAAUGGCGCUUAGGAUGGCGCGGACAUGCUGGUGGUACUACUUCUCGAAGUUUACCGAAUUUUUCGACACACUAUUUUUCAUUUUGCGGAAGAAAAAUAGUCACGUGUCCACACUCCACGUGAUCCAUCAUGGCUGCAUGCCAUUUUCGGUAUGGAUGGGGAUGAAAUUUGCGCCAGGUGGCCACAGCACUUUCUUCGCUUUGCUCAACACAUUCGUACAUAUUAUUAUGUAUUUUUAUUAUAUGGUAGCGGCGAUGGGACCCCAGUACCAGAAAUACAUCUGGUGGAAGAAAUAUCUCACUACUUUCCAGAUGGUGCAGUUCGUGGCGAUUUUCACUCACCAAUUUCAACUUCUCUUCACUGAGUGUAAUUACCCGAAGGGUUUCAUGAUUUGGAUCGCUUUGCAUGGGGUCAUGUUCUUAUUUCUAUUUUCCGACUUUUAUAAAGUUAAAUACACCAACAGUAAGGCUGUGAAAAGUAGUAAUAACGGUGCCUGCAUGCCUGUCCUCGACGAUGAGAAGCAACAAAACGGAACUGUUAAAAAGUCCGACAGUAACGGCACUCUCAAUAACACUUAUAUCAAAAGCGAAUAUUCCGAUUCGUACAAAGCUUGCUAUUCGAAUGGUAGCACAAACGGCUUUGUGAGCCAAACCGUAAUAGAGCGCAACUCGAAGAAGAUCAAUUAGGUUUUAACUUCCUUGGGUACAAAAGGACUUUUCGUGACUUUUGUUUAAUUGUAGAUUAAUUUAUUAGAUAGUGUACAAUUUGUUGUCAAAAUUUCGUAUCUCAGGGGCGAAAUAAAUUGGUUUCUUUUUACUUGAAUGUAUUAUAUGAGUUUUUACGGCUGCAGGGACCAUUUUCAUUGCGUCACGUCGCUUGAUUAUUUUCAUUUCAUCAGCCAUUAGUGCCUGAAUUUUUAUCACAAGUUCUCUUAGCUUUAGCUUAUUGUUAAAGUUUUGCACUUUGAAUCGUUGCCGGUUGUUUGUACUUAACGAUGUUUUAUUACAUUUUCGUAUAAUUUAUCGGAAGUUUUUUAUCCAGGGAGUUGCAUUUUGUUGUGUAAAUUCGAACCUGCGGCUCCUUCGUCUUUUCCAAGUUUUCAAAUAAGUAAGUGUAAUGGAAGUUGUAUCACUGUAAUAAAUGUCGUUUUAUUAUCAUUGUAUAUAAUACAUACUACGCGUUUCUUUAGAUUUUAAAGUUUGUAUAGUAUUUUUGUAUAUACUUAUGAAUCUUAAGAAAUAAAGUGGAAACCUGCAUUUUG